AAAACGCUCAGUCGUGAAUUGGAUUACGGAACGAGCGGACAUACAAAGCGUACAAAAGCGGUGUGUCAAUUGAGAAGCGAGAGAUCGAAAAACGUCAUAUUGAGCUGUUUGUUGAUAUCAGUUCGGCAAGAAAAAUAAAAAAAAACACUAUACAUUGUACGAAAUAUUUUGCGUGAAAAUAUCGAAGGUGGUGAAGGUUAAAACCGAUGACUAAAGUGUGCAGAUGUUGUUGAUGUAAUGCAAAUAGAAAAAAAUUAGAAAACAACGAAAAAAUAUUUGUAAGAAUACGCAAUAUUUUCAAGUUCAUUGCAAACGAGUUGACACAUAAAAUAAAUUAGCAAUAGCUAUAUAUGUACAUAAGUGUAGUCAUAUGUGUACUUAUAUGUAACACAAAAUAACAACAAAAUAAGAAAAGUGAAACGCUCGAGAAUUUUGAAAAAUAAAAUAGCAGCUCAACGAAUAAACGAAAACUGAAAAGCGCAGAAAUAUAAAGAAGCACACACAAAUAUGGCUAAUCCACUAUUGAAAUCCUGCUGCUUGUUCCAAUCACUACGAAAUGGCGCCAUCAUUUCUGGUAUCCUGGCAAUCACCUUGUCAAUCAUAACGAUAGUCAUUAGUUUGACACUACGCAUAGAUUUCAAUACAAUUGAUUUCGAUAUUUUUCCAAAGAAUAUUGUUAAAAUUAUAUUAAUAAUAAAUCUUUGCAUGACCAUUCUGAUAUCACUGCUAAUGAUCAUCGGUGUCAUAAAGCGCAAUCACUAUUUAAUGAUGCCAUGGGUGGUUCUGGGCAUUAUGAUUGCAAUCGGUUUGCUCGUGUCAGUGAUAUACACUGCCGUGAAGGUCUUCAUCGAUGGCUAUGUGCUGACUUGUAUACUAUGGCUUGUUUUUGGAUUGAUCACAACAGCAAUCCUCACCUACUGUUGGUGCGUUGUCUACAGCGAAUACACGGUAUUGUUGCAGGAAAACGAAAGGGGACGCUACAACAAACAGCUCUAUCGCCGCUAAGAAGGACGAACAAACAGCAAUAAUUCAAGCGAAUGAACGAAAUAAAAUAUUAACACACAAAAAAAGUGGGAAGCAGACUUCUAAAUUAUACAAUUACAAUUUUUUAAGUUUACUUGGCAGCAUUUGGAAAAGUAGGUUUAGUUUAAAUUAAAAAUCAAAAUGCAGCGUACUCAUAAUUUUUAGUGAAAAAUCGUUGUGUCGCUCUUGCAAAAAUGGCAACUAAUCAUUUUUAAUUUAUUUAUUUGUAAAUUUUAUUUUAUUUCACAAAUUGUGUUAUUAAUUACGCUCCUUUCAUAUUCUUUUACUAAAUAUUCUACUUACUUAUUGUAUU